AUGACCUCAGCUCAAGAUCUUGCUUUCACCACAUUAUACUGUGUCAUAGUUCUUCUCGGAGUCAUAGGAAACGUGGUCGUAAUUACAAUCGUGCGCAAAAUGCCGUCAAUGCACACAACAACAAAUUAUCUGUUGAUGAACUUAGCUUUGGCAGAUUUGCUAACUUUGUUGCUCUGCCCUGGGCUUUAUGAUUUUGCUUUGACAAACGUCCGUAUUCAAGGCCUCUCAGGACAUGUGAUCUGCAAGUUGUUUGCUGGAAAUGCUGUAGUUCCAGUUACCAUUAACGUAGCUGUUCUGACAGUUUGUACGAUUGCAGUGGAAAGAUAUCUGGCUCUGGUAAAGCCUUUUCGUAAUUUAAGAUUAACUAAAGACACCGUUGGAUAUGUUAUAGCUCUGCUUUGGCUCAUUGCUUUGUUAUCCUGCGUACCAGAUAUCCAAGCCAACACGUUUGACAUUCAGUCCAACAAAUAUCCAUGCAAACGCCCCUGGAGUUUGGAUGAGUACUCCCUUCACAAGCCUUUCAUUAUUUUCACGUGUGUUUGUUUUGGUUUUGUCAGCUCCCUUGUACUAUUAGCUUGCUAUUUUGAAAUAAUCCGUGGCUUGUAUUUUACCAAAACCAUCUGCUCGGAGUCUGUUGGCACGGAAGCAGAAAGGAAAGCAAAGAAGCAACUGGCCUCCCUUCUUAUACGACUAACUAUAAUAUUCAUUGUUUGUACACUGCCGUUUUCCAUCUACUUCAUGUUCUUGACUUUUCUUGGUGCAAAUUUUGUUCAAGAUAACUAUGAAAAACUGUAUAUAAUUCAUAGACUGGCUCGUUUUCUUCUUUUCUCAAAUUCGUUUUGUAAUCCCUUGCUUUACGCAUUACAAAGCUCUAAUUUUCGAGAUGGGUUCAAGCGAAUUUUUAAAUUUAAUUAAAAGGCUGUAAGAUUUUUAUUCUUGUUUUCUCCUGCAAUCCGAAUGCAAUUAGUUUUUUUUUUAUCUCUCUUACGCAAAUUAGUAUUAUCUUGUUAACAUUUCAAAGUUGAGAAAAGUUUAAGUCUUGAUUGUUAUGUAUCUCAUAGUCCUAGAGGUCGAAGAAUUUUGCUUGUAAGUGAUCUUCUUUGUCAAGUUUGAUUAUUAUUUGAUUUAGAUAAUAAUAGUGAUCAUAAUAAUUAUUGAUAAUGAUAAUAAUAAUAGCAUUAAUAGUAAUAAUAAUAAUAAUAAUAAUAAUAAGAUUUCGACCGCCUGAACUACGUCACGGUCUACGGUUUUCAACAGGCGAAAUCAUUUCGCCCGUUUCGGUUGUAGGCCGUAGUUCAGCUGGUCGAAAGUAUCCAUUUUUUAAACAUUUUUAGCCAAAAAUUUAUUUCUGCUUGUAGUGAUAGUGAUGUCCUGAAGUAAAUUGAACCAAGAUUGGUCAACUUUGUACUGCAGAUUCACAAUUCUUUUCAAAUGUAUUUGCGCCUAUUACAGCCAAUUUGCAAAAGCUCGUCACCGGUUUCAACGCGUCACUUUCUCAUAAAUGAUACGAUUGCAAUCGCGUCUGCUUAAAAAAAAAAACAUAACAAAAUAACAAGUUGCACAGAAAUACAAAUGACAGACGUACAACAACAACAACAACAGUAAAUUAAAGAACUCAGGAAAUAGAAGUAAGGAAGCAAAGACACUUAAACUGUUGUAUGACUUGACCUCGAUGGACGAAGAAUUGAAACGGUAGAGAUUUACUGAUUAGAAACGAAAUCAAUGUUAAAUGCAAAUGCCUCGAAAUCAACCACUUUCAAGACUUGCACUACAAAUGAUCUUCAAAAAUUCAAGCAAAAAGCGUGUGUAAACAAUAGGGCAGAGGGUCCAAACAAACAAAAAACUAAAUAAGAAUGUACGAACAAUUUUCUUGGCAUUUUAACUAGAACACGGGAACCUGUUGCGGGAAUGCCUUCGAAAAAGCAUCGCAAUCUUUCCCGUUUGCUCGUUUUUAAUAAGCCCGACACGCUAUAUGAACCUAUUUAGACCAAGUUUUUGUUUGCUUCCUGCAAUCAGGGGGUAGGGGAAGGGGCUCUCCGGAGAUCCUUCAAUUUCUGGACAUAACUUGAUUGACACAAUGACGUAAUAUGACGUCAUUAUGACUUCAUAUUAUUUAAUUUAUAUGGCAGAAUCUAAAUUUGAUAAAAAGGUGUUUGAUAAAAUCAAGAAGUUGCCUAACAUAUAAAUAAUCUUUAGCGAUAGCUGUGAUGAUAAAGUCAUUCAUUUUUAAAUAAAACUGCAAGAAUACGCUAUCUUGGAUUCGCCAAGUGUAUUCCAGUCUACUUAAAACCCCAGUAAAUCGAGGAAUUUUUAAAAGAAAAUUUGAUACGAGCAUAAACGGAUGCUCAGAGAGCGAAAUACCUCUGCAAAAUAUGAAAUUCCCAGAGAAAUGAUCAAACUAGUCACUAAAAAGCCUGGAUUUCUUCAACAGUUAUAAUAUUUUUGAUAAGACAAUGCUGAAUUAAGUGUAAUAUAAUAAUUUUAUCAAUAAAGAUAAAGGAUAACACCUAUUUUUAUAAAAAAUGCAAAUUUUGAAAAACAUGGUGGUCAAAACUAGGUUGCCACAGUAACGUUAAUGUUGGCAUACACCUCUCGGUGACUUUAAAAUGUUCCCAGAUAAAUUUUGGAAAAAUUCGCUAAGUUUGGUGGUCAUAGCUUAAACUGUUUUGAAGGUAUUCAACUUUUCCGUGAGGGGUACUGGAAAACCCCACCCAGGUAUGAAAGGGGUUAAAAGACGUAAAGCAAGAACAGCAAAAAUGUAAAACUCCGUGGGCACGUUUUAAAAUUCUUCAGAACCGUCAAAGCAGUUUUUUUUUUGUCAAGUUUGAAAAUAUCUAAAUCAGGUAAUUGUCUGGGCUCAUGCAUUUCUCAAUCAGAUUUGAAUGGUGGAAUAGACCUUUUCAGUAUACAUGUUUUGUUAUCCUGUUUCAGAGCAUGUGAUGUCACCCCAUGCAGAGAACUGUUCAGCUUCAAAUGUCGCCGCAACCAUCUGUACCUGUCUAACGAUAAAAGGCGAAUACCCUUCAAAACAUUACGUCUCUGAAAGUUUGAAAUUAUAUGCAAGCAAAAAGGUCUAUUACUUUCUUAUACCCUUAAUUAUAUCUAAAAUAAAAUAACUAGAUAUGGCGUCAAUCUUGGGGAAACAAAUAUAGACUCAUGAGCAAAAUGUUCCUGGCUUAAGACUUUAACUAAAGAAAUGAUUGAUUGACAGUCUCGUAGAAUAAUGGAUGAACUGACUCACUCGGCACUGAAUGACUGACCGGAAUGGCCGACUAAUGAUGAUAUUUAGGCCGCAGUUUUAAAAAAUGCAGUCUAUCCUAGUUGUUGCUCACACAACGCUUCUCAGUUAAAAAGAUAGUUUGUGAAUUUUAAAUAGCUUUUGGUACACUGAAAACAGUAUUGUUCUACUAAAAACCCUUAUCUGUCGUGAUUAUACUUUUAAAUGUCGUUAAUGUCACUACCUCAAAACGCCUGUGUUUAGAUGACAGCUGAAUAGCACACAUAUGUUCGGUAAUUCGAUUGUUUUCAAUGCUUUAAGAUCCUUUCAUUCAACCCACGCGUUCCUAGUUAAUCCAGCUUGACGAAUACUUAUUUUAAGUAGACAAUAAUAUAUAGAUUUCGCCAGGGCUAAAAGCAAAGCUCCCAUUAAUAAAUUUGUAAUUUAUUAAUACAAUAAAAUUGUAUUCCACAAUCAGUUAACUUUAGAGCAAAUUCAUGUGACUUUUGAGGGAUGGAGAGGCUAUUUAGUGGUUUCAGAGAAAACUAAUUUGCAAACAGUCCAAGAGAGAGCCAAACCUUACAUCGAGUUGAUAGCCUUAAAAUAGCAAUCAUCGUCGAUCACAUUUAAGAGCCAUUAUGGCUCUUGAUCACAGUAGAUUGGACCUGAAAAACACUAAUUCUUGGAAAACAAAUCAGGCCGAAUUUUUGCGUUCGAUAAGUUUGCUUUACAAAAUCUUGCGAACAAAUUUGGGGGCGUGUCAACCCACCUUUUACAUUUUUCAUACAUCCCAUCCGAGAUAAAACAGUACUACGAGGCGCUGUUUUUACCACACAGACCUCGGACAGAAUGCAGUAUUUCACAAUUUUGAAAUACAAAUUGCACUCAUUCAAUAUUCAGGACGAUCGAAGCACGCUUGGGCUUUUGGCGAAACCGCUAAAAAUUUUUCAAAAUCACCUAUACGGCCAAUCGGUUGUGAGUGUUUGAAUGAACGUUAAUAGAGUUACGCUUCAACAUAAUAAAGAAUUUAUCAUGUUUAUUUUCUAUUUAGUGGUUUUAUAGCGAUGUCUAAUCUUCAAAAGCGUUUGAUACGAGCGGCAUUUUGAGUACUCCUGCAAGUGAUGUUCAUGAGCAACUGAAAACAAACGGCACAGCGAUUAAAAUUGCAAGAGAGACUACUGACAAUCAAUAAAAGAAAUAUAAUUCGGUGAAACAUAUCCAGAGACAACAAUUUUCAUUCACGAAGACAAGAAUUAAAGUGUCUCUAAAAAUCCUGAGGCUUCAAGCUUAAAGCUUAAGUAUAUGUUUUAAGCCGGCUUCACGGUGUUUGCUUUCUUCCAAGAUGAACUCGAGGCAAGAAAAUCGCUCAAAGCUUUCUUUUACAGCCAGAAUUAUAACUAAAUAUUCAUUGGAACGUUUUCUUUCUAUUUGCGGUGAGAAAAUGUCUAAAGGCCUUUUAAAGUGCUGUAAGCUUAUAUCGAACCUGAUACCCGGUCAGAUCAUUGUCUCAAAUCUUACAAACGUCUAUAAACUAAAUAGCCGCAUAAACUACGCUCGACAUUGUUAAAUUAGAUGUAAAAAAAAAAAAACAAACAAACAUCAAAUGCAGUAAUUACUCAGGUUUACCAUUCAAGAUGCAUCUCCUGGAAGCUAUCAAGUAAGGCCGUAAUCGCUUCAGAGUUUUCAACCUUCUUUCGCGUCAAGCAAGGUAAAAAACCAAAACGAUGCCAUCCGAAAUCAGAUUUCCAACUUUGACGAGCGACGUAUUUCGCGACCAAAAACCCAAUAAACAAACUAGCCAUGAAUAACAGAAGACUAUUGAUAGCAGCUGAAUUUCAUUUUGUACAUCCAGUAGAAAAAGACAGUUAAAAGCAUCACAAGUUGACACAAAACUCUGUCAGCUUCAGCUGUCAAAGUAAACAAGUUUCAAGAUGCUGCAUAAAUUUUCCGCGUGAACUCAUCUGUCAAAUUUUAACCAAUCAGAGCAUAAAAAUUGUACGUAGAGCGUGACCAACGCGUGACCAUGGUGAGAAAAGUCAAAAGCAACUGUCUUCCCUGCCUGUACCUGUGUGCGGUUGGGUCCGCAGUAAUUGGUCUUUGCUGUUGCGCUUUCCCUGCCCAAAUUAGUUAAGUUAUUAUUAGUGUAUUAUAUUGCUACGUUCUUAUUACUAGUAUUUGCAUAUCUUCAGUUUUUUUUGUGUUCAUCAGGGCAAAGCUAAUAAAAUAAAAUAAAUAAAACAAUAGCUAAACACCACAUAUUUCAUAUGAAUUUCAAAAAAAUGAAACUUGAGCCUUCGAUCAUUUGAAAACUAGUAACUUGUCAGCGGGUAACUUCAAAAAAUACUCGACCUCGAUGGGUCGACACCUGAGCCCACGAUACGGUAAGCGUACGGUAACGUGAUUACCAAAUUUUCAGGGAUGGGUAGAUUUACUUAGCUAUGGGGCUUCUCUCGCGCGCGUGGAGCUCCGUUAUUACGAAUUUUGCCUCAAUAUUCAGGUUCCAUAUGACCUUGAUUAAUAAUGAAGCUGUCUUGGUGACCCUGGCAGAAGAUUCAAAGGAAUGGCAACAGAAUUAUGAGUAACAACACUAAUUUCAUUACUACCGUAGACAUAGUGUUUGCCUCAUUGUACUCUUUCAUUGUAUUCUUUGGUGUUUUGGGAAACGUUAUCAUAAUCACCAUCGUGCGUAAAACGCCAUCAAUGCACACGACAACAAACUUUUUACUGACGAACUUGGCGGUGGCAGAUCUGAUAAGUUUACUAUUUUGCCCUGGAUUUUAUGACUUUGCUUUAAAGAGCGUCAGUUUAAGUCAACCUAUCGGAGACUUUGUUUGCAAGAUUUUCGUAGGAAAUGCGGUUCUCUCUAUAACUAUACUAGAGUCCAUCUUUAUGUUGGUUGUUGUUGCUGUUGAAAGAUACGUUGCACUAGUCAAACCGUUUCAAACAAACUCUAAACUCAGGAAAGAAAACGUUAGUUUCGCCAUUGCAGCGACAUGGACGCUAGCUACACUUGUCUGUAUACCAGGAAUAUUAUCCAACAAUUAUGACGAAAGAGCUGAAAAAUAUCCAUGUAAUCGACCUUGGACUCUCAAUAAUCUGGAGGGUUUAAAAAAGGCCUACAUAAGCGUGUUCUGUUUGGUAUUUAUGAUAGUUCCCGCUGUGGUUAUAUUAAUUUGUUAUUUACGUAUUUUCUACGGAGUUUACUUCUUGGGGGAUAUAUAUCGAGAACGCACAGGCGAUGUGGAGGAGAAGAAAUCCAGAAAACACCUUCUUAAAUUGCUUGCAUCUCUCGUAGCUGCCUUUGUAAUCUGCUGCAUGCCAUUCGCUGUAUUUUUCUUGUAUGUUAGUUUUGUUUCACAGGUUACGAUAAUCGAAAACUUUGACACACUUCACCUGAUCCACAAAACAGUUCGUUUUCUCCUCAUUCUUAACUCUUUCGUAAAUCCUCUUCUCUACGCCGCACAAAGCCGAAAUUAUAGACAGGGAUUUAAAAGAUUAUUUUGCUGUCUUUCUAGAGAAAAUGCAAAUAAGGGAAGAAAUGAUUUGGAAAUGAAAAAUCAAGGACAGAUUUUA